AUGGCCAUGUCUAGGACCCAAGGCUGUCCUUCGUACGCUUGUCGAAACAAGCACUCUUUCUGCAUCAACAACCUCUCGUUAGUGGCGCUCUAUCCUGCCAAGGCAAGGGAGGUUAGUGUUGUUGAUGGGCAUCGUAAAGAGCGUAGGAAGCCCAACAAGGCCACGCUCGACAGUCAGUACUAG